AUGGUUCCAUCAGUGCAGUAUUUGGGAGUCACCAUCGAUGCAGAAGGCACUCAUCCAAAUAAAGACAAAAUUAGAGCUAUUCAGGAAGCUCUCGCACCAACAUCUGUGAAAGAACUCAAGGCUUUUCUUGGGUUACUAAACUAUUACAGCAAGUUCCUCCACAAUAUUUCAAGUGUAUUGGCACCACUAUACAAAUUACUGAAGAAGGGAGUGAAGUGGCACUUGGGAAAUAAACAGGAAACAGCAUUUAAGGAAUCUAAAAGAGCAUUGAUUUCUCAGAAAGAUUUGAUUCAUUACGAUGCACGAAAGCCUCUGAUCCUAGCUUGUGAUGCAUCACCAGUAGGUGUUGGGGCGGUAUUGUCUCACCAGCAAGACGAUGACAGUGAACGUCCCAUAGCAUUCGCUUCGAGGACGUUGAGGAGUGCAGAACAAAAAUACGCCCAGAUAGAACAGGAAGGCUUGGCAGUAGUGUUUGGAGUUACACGUUUUCACGAAUACAUCUAUGGAAGACAUUUUACAUUAGUCUUAAAUCAUAAACCACUUCUGACCCUGUUUAAUGAAAGAACUGGAGUGUCCGAAAUAGCGUCAGCAAGGAUUCAAAGAUGGACCCUCAAAUUAUCUGGCUACCAUCACACUUUCAGGCAUAAACCAGGAAUCAUGAAUGGUAACGCUGAUGGAUUGAGCAGAUUGCCAUUAAGAGGACAGCCAGAUGUUUUAGAGGAGUCGCCACCACCCGAAGUUGUUAGUCUCUUGCAUCGGUUGGAAGUUCUCGAAAGUCCUAUAUCCGCAGACGAAAUCAAACGGUGGACACGUGAAGAUCCUGUACUAGCGAGAGUGUUGAAAUACGUGCUGCAAGGAUGGCCCGCUAACUUACUAGGUGAUUUUGUAGACGCAAUGAAGCCGUACAAGUCUAGGGCAAAUGAACUGUCAGUGCAAGAUGGUUGUGUUCUGUGGGGUGCCCGCGUGUUAGUGCCUGAGAAAGGAAGGCAGGCAGUGCUCACACAACUGCAUGAUGGGCACCCAGGCUGUUCAAGAAUGAAAGGGAUUGCAAGAACCAUAGUUUGGUGGCCAGGGGUUGAUUCUGAAAUAGAAGGAACUGUUCUGAAGUGUCUUACAUGCCAGCAGCAAGCGAGAGCACCGCCAUUAGCUCCACUGUGUGCAUGGGAAUGGCCAGAAACGCCAUGGAGGAGAUUGCAUGUCGACUAUGCAGGGCCGUCUAUGGGAGCAUACUUUUUGUCAUUGUGGAUGCUCGCACCAAAUGGAUGGAUAUUCACUACACGGGAGUUCGAAGGAUUUAUGAAGGGCAGCGGUAUUAGGCAUGUUCGGACAGCACCCUAUCAUCCCGCCUCUAAUGGCCUUGCAGGGAGGGCAGUGAAGUCGUUUAAAGCUGGCACGCGGAAGCAAUCAUCAGGGUCUGUAAAGACCAAGUUGGCAAACUUUUUACUCAACUAUCGUGCCACCCCGCAUACAACCACUGGAGUGGCACCAGCGCAACUAUUAAUGGGGCGAAGGCUGACAACAUCCAUAGACAGGCUGUUCCCGGAUGUGUCAAGGAAAGUGGUCCAAACACAGUUGCAACAGAAGAAUUACCACGAUCAGCAUGUCACAUACCGUCCAUUUCAGGUACAAGACAGAGUAUUUAUCAGGAACUAUGCAAAUGGCCCAAUUUGGGUACCUUUGGUGAUAUUAGCUGUCACGGGCCCACUGUCUUAUGAGUGUCAAUUAGUCGAUGGACGUCGAUUACGCCGACACCAAGAUCAGUUGCGGAAGAGGGAGUUAGACGUAACACCUCCAGUAGUUAGGGAAGGACUGAGUUGUGGUGAAGGACUGCCAGAGAUGGUGGACAGUUUUCAGAAGGCACCUGACCCUGUGGUUGCUGGUGGUCCUUUCGACCUAACACUGGAGGAUUCUCUAGUUACACCAGAAGAGCCAGUGAUCUGGGCACCGAUGCCAAGUCCACCUACAGCAAGUGAAGGGAAACUGUCACCUGAGCCAAUGUCAACUCCGGAAUCAGUAGCACCAAGACGAUCGACAAGGAUUCGGAAGGAACCGAGCCGUUUAGACUUGUGA